CAGACUGUACAGCCCAGCGAUCCUCCACCCACCCAGAGAGCAGGGAGCUCACUGUCCUCACCGCCGCCUGGACUGGCCACUGGCUGCAUUGGGCUAUCACACAGCUUGCCCCCCUGCCCUGGGCCCCCCCAGAGCGGCUGUACAAUCCUCAGCAGUGACCUGAGACUGUAUAGCCGGCUCAACACUGGGCUACCCAAGGACUGACCUGUUCUCAGCGCUGUGUAAUCACACUGGGCUACCCAAGGACUGACCUGUUCUCAGCGCUGUGUAAUCACACUGGGCUACCCAAGGACUGACCUGUUCUCAGCGCUGUGUAAUCACACUGGGCUACCCCAAGGACUGCCACCCCUGCAGUGAUCUCAGUGCUGGGUAACCUCACUACUCUGUGUGCUGGGUGCUAUUCAGCUGCCCCAUCUCUACCUAUUUCAGGGAUAUUGCUUUUUUUACAUCUAUUUUUUCUAAGUGUUUUAUUCCACCUGCGAUUCACAUCAUGACGGCUGAGAAGGAGAAGAAGAGAAGCAGUUCAGAAAGAAGAAAGGAGAAAUCCAGGGAUGCUGCAAGAUGUCGACGAAGCAAGGAGACAGAAGUCUUCUACGAGUUGGCCCACCAGUUGCCGUUGCCUCAAAACAUCAGUUCACACCUGGACAAAGCAUCCAUCAUGCGUCUGACAAUCAGUUUUUUACGUACACACAAAAUAUUGUCAUCAGUAUGUGCGGACAGAAACAUUGAAGCCGACUCAGAGAACCAGUUGGAUCAUUUGUACCUUAAAGCUCUGGAGGGAUUUGUGGCAGUGGUGACGCAAGAUGGUGACAUGAUCUUCCUAUCAGACAACAUCAGCAAGUACAUGGGCCUCACACAGGUUGAAUUAACAGGACACAGCAUUUUCGACUACACUCACCCAUGUGAUCAUGAUGAAAUCAGAGAGAAUUUAAGCUUAAAAACUGGUGCAGGGGCUGGAAAACUUCACAAGGACGCAAACACGGAGCGUGAUUUCUUUAUGAGAAUGAAAUGUACUGUUACCAACAGAGGCAGGACUGUGAAUCUUAAGUCUGCAACAUGGAAGGUGCUUCAUUGCACUGGACAUGUCCGGGUCUAUAACUCUUACCUUCCGCACUCGCUCUGUGGGUACAAGGAACCUUUGCUUAACUGUCUUGUCAUGAUGUGUCAACCAAUUCAGCACCCCUCCAACAUUGACAUCCCACUGGACAGCAAAACAUUCCUGAGUCGUCACAGCAUGGACAUGAAAUUCACAUAUUGUGAUGACAGAGUUACUGAAUUGAUUGGAUAUCAUCCAGAAGAACUGCUGAGCCGUUCGGCGUACGAGUUUUAUCAUGCCUUGGAUUCCGAGAGUAUGACUAAAGGCCACCAGAAUUUGUGCACAAAAGGUCAAGUGGUGACCGGCCAGUAUCGGAUGCUCGCAAAGCAUGGUGGAUAUGUCUGGGUGGAAACUCAUGGCACCGUUAUCUACAACACUCGGAACUCUCAACCACAGUGUAUCGUGUGUGUGAACUAUGUACUGAGUGAAAUUGAGAAGAACGAUAUUGUGUUCUCCCUGGACCAAACAGAGUCUCUGUUCAAACCACACCAGAUAACCAUGAAUUCCAUCUUCACCAAUACUGUACCUGAAAAGAGUGACUGCUUCUUCACUAAACUUAAGGAGGAACCUGAGGAGUUGGCGCAACUCGCCCCCACUCCUGGAGAUGAAAUAAUCCCUCUGGACUUCGGUGCACAGACUUUUGAAGAAGCAUCUACUUAUUCCAGUGCUGUGCAGACCAGCACCAGCAAACCAUGGCCUCUGGAAGUUAAAAACCACACUCCCCAGGAUAACAAAUUAAACCAUCCGUCCUUUACAGCCCCUCAGGUAUUGCAAGAGAGGAGUACUCCGAGCAAUAGUAGCAACAGCAGCUGCUCCACGCCAAGUAGCCCUGGGGACUAUUAUACUUCUUUGGAAGAAAAUCUCAAGAUUGAGUUAAUUGAGAAGCUUUUUGCAAUGGAUACAGAUACCAAAAAUCAAUGUAACACUACACAGAAUGACUUUAAUGACUUGGACCUUGAGACGCUUGCUCCAUACAUUCCCAUGGAUGGUGAAGAUUUCCAGUUGAAUCCAAUAUGUGAAGAUGAAUGCCCUCUAAGUGACAGUGCACAAAGCUCCCAGCAGAAUUUAAGUAGCGUGAAUGCUCUCUACCUUCCCAGUGCACCUUCUCAACAAAACCAACUUUUCUCUCAGAAUUUUGGUCAACCUGUGGCAGCUAAAAGCAGUAAUCCGAACAAGGACCCACUGCCGAGAGUGCUUUUUAAUGGUGAAAAGAAGUCUCCACAAUUAGGAAGCUACCAUACAGAUGCUAGUACCCCAUUGUCCUCAAUGGGAGGGAGACCAAAUGCCCAAUGGCCUCCUGAUCCACCGGUUGGCUACAUGGCGAGCAAAUGGCGAUUAAUGGAUCAGUAUGAUGGGUCGUUAACAAACUCGCCUUCAAGGCCACCAAUGCCAUUACACAGCAUGGCACAGUAUAAGCAAAGGUCUCUGGAGAGCUUUGUCCAGUGCAGUAAAGACGUAAAUCCAGCGGCAGACAUUCUGUUCUGUAACAAUAUGAAGAGGAAACGGCAGGAUGAAUAUGGAGGACAACAAUUUUCACAUCUCAGCAUGGAGGAGAUACCGAAUCACACAAUACCGCCAUCAAUGUUUAAAAGAAUGAAAUCUUUGGAGCCGGAAAACUGCCCGCUGGUUGCGGAAAAAAAGUCUCUCAGCACAAGUGUCCUUACUGAUGAAUUCAUUUGCAACAGACUUCGAGGAUUACACCAACAGAUGACUCGUCCGCAGCCACCACUACCACCACCACAACUGCAAUGCGCGUCUUCUGCACAAGAUGGCCAUAAAAUGGCUUUUCCAGCCCCGUUCUUCAGCUGUAGUUACCAGGAUUAUAAUAUGCCACAAAAAGAGAAAAUGAUAGGUCUGACAAAUCGUCUCAUAGGCCCGUCUUUUGAAUCCUACCUGUUGCCUGAACUGACAAGAUAUGACUGUGAGGUUAAUGUCCCAGUUCUGGGCAACUCAAACCUUCUGCAAGGGUGUGAUCUCCUCAGAGCUCUUGAUCAGACUACCUGAGGAACAACAAAGAUAACUAUUGACUCACAACUGUUCAAAUGUCUUCAACUUCUAAAUCCAUUUUUUGUCCAAGUAGACCGCUUCUAUCGUUGAUAACACUUGUACAAGAUUCACUUACUUUUCUGAACUUUGUUCACAUUACCAAAUAGUGGCCUUCUUCGAAUGACUUCAUAUUAAAAGAAAAGCAUAUAUGUUUUUACCUGCUGUAUUUUUUUUCUUCAUUUUAAUAAAAAAAAAAAAGUGUAUAGUAUAGAAAAUAUUUUACACACCCUACUACCCUUGUAAAAGUAAUUUAUAUAUAUAUAUAUAUUUUAAAUUGGCCACAGGUGAAUUAUGGUGCAUGUAUUUCUGUUAAUCGUGCAGUUUUAUACCCAAGAUGGGUGAUUUUACUGACACAAAAAAACAAAUGCCUAGUUGCCCAUUUUAAAAUGCAGUGCCUAUUAUGUUCCAAUCUUUGAGUCAGACUGUAAAUUCAAUCAUUUAAGUGUAAACAAAUUAGUGGUGGAAAACCAUUUUAAUUCCACCCAGGCAUUUGAAAUAAUACAGGGACUUAAAUGACACAGAUCAGACUUCCAUAAAUAUAAAUUUGUAGACCCAUCUCUCAUAAAACAAAUGUGUCGAGAUUGAAAUGUCAUUUUCCCGAUUUUGGGAACGAGUUCUUAGCUAAAUGCUGUCCUGCUUGCAAGGUCCUAUUAGUGUCUUAUCCUGACAACUGUGUGUGUUUUUAGCACCCCUGAUUUAAUGGUAGCCUCUAAUAUGAUGUAGAAGCAUGUCGGAUUUUCAGAUCUAAAAAUUGUUGCAAUAAACUUUAAAAAAGCAGGAAAUGUAAUUUGCAGAGGAUCUCUUUCCUAAAAAGGGGCUAUGAGAUCUCAAAGGUACAUACGGGCACUGCAUAUAUUAAAGAUCUUAAUGCAAAUGUGUAAAUUAUCAUGUGGUCAUGUUGGAAUUUUUUUAAGCGCUUUGUUAUUGAAGGGUCAUCAUACCUGCAUUACAUUUUAAGUCGUUGAAAGCCAAAGGUGUUAGAAAGACAAUACAUUAUCUGCUUAUCUGACACCAAGGAAUUAAAAUUUCAUUCAUCACUUGAAUGGUCCAAAGAGAAAAUAAAUACACACAAUUUUCCCAUAAAAAAAAAAGGUUUUGAAAUAAAUGAAAAUUAAAUUGUAGCCAAUUUAGCAUCUUACAUACAUUCAGCAGUUUAUGAACCUUUCCGCUGAAUAUUUUUGUAUUUUACUGUCAAAAAUUGAGGAGUUAAAUACCAGUGAUUUUAUUAUAUCUGAAAAUAAAAACUACUUUAUAUAAAUAUAUAUAUUUUUUAACUAAGCUAAAGGGUUAAGGGUAAGAUUCAAUGUUGCACAGAGAUGACCCUGGCAUUUACAUUAUUCAAAAUUGUUGUAUUAACAUUUAACACGUUGAGCCUUUUGACCAUAUAUGCCUUACAUACAUCUUUUAUUGGUACUUGUUUUUUUAUGUCAGAAACAUAAAUUCUUGUUCACAUAAUCUCUUAUUUUUGUAAAACUGAUAAUAGUUGUUCUGUUUAACAUUACACACAUUUAAAAUCUAUCAAAACAGACACUACUAACACUUCUAAUCAGUUAUAAGGGCAAUUCUUACUUUUGCAAUGCAGUAUGGGUAACCGAUUCAGUGUAAAGAAUCGUAUACCAUUAACUUUAGGAACUGAUAUUUUUUUUUCUGUAUGCAUUUGAUUGAGGGUCUAUGUUUAUAUCUUUUAUAUGUUGAUAACUCUUCAAGUGCAAAUAGUUUGUAAUUGUGACUACAAUGUUUUAUUAAAAGCAUAUUAAAUAUU